AUGUCUCUUCAAUAUCUAUUUAUCUGUUUCUUCAUUAUCUGUCUAUGUAUCUAUGAUUUCAUUAUCUCUCCAUCUAUCUAUCUUCAUUAUCUAUCUAUCUAUCUUCAUUAUCUAUCCAUCUAUCUAUCUUCAUUAUCUAUCUAUCUAUCUUCAUUAUCUAUCCAUCUAUCUAUCUUCAUUAUCUAUGUAUCUAUCUUCAUUAUCUAUCCAUCUAUUUUCAUUAUCUAUGUAUCUAUGACUUCAUUAUCUAUCUAUCUUUUUUCAUUAUCUAUCCAUCUAUCUAUCUUCAUUAUCUAUGUAUCUAUCUAUGCUUUAUAUUAUUUCACCCUCUGCUCUCCCCCCUCUCCAUCUCUCUCUCUCUCUCUCUCUCUCUCUCUCUCUCUCUCUCUAUCUAUCUAUCUAUCUAUCUAUCUAUUUACAUGCCCGUUGAAACUUGAACCACCCUGCGGUCACCAUGGUGACGGGGCAAAUGCGCGCGCCAGCAUAUGUGUUCUUGUAUAUAUCUACACAUACACCCUCCCUCCCUCUGUCAAUAUAUUUCUCACAUUUGCCUUCACUUUCCUCUCUCCCCCCUCUCUCUCUCUCUCUCUCUCUCUCUCUGUAUCUAUCUAUCUGCAUUUGAACCCCUAUGUUUAUUAG